UUUCAAAGCAAGGACGACUGUAGUUCAGAACUCGUAUAGUUUCAGCGCGCUGGCUUGUCGAGGGCGUCGUAACUGCUGCUGUGAAAUGGAGCAGCCUAUCACCACAUUGCUCCAGUUCUCCCGGUUCCUCUCCACAGACAUUAAAAACUAGCGCUGCGACUCACAAGAUGGCCCACCUGCAAGGCAUGGACGCUUCCGAAAAGCGAGGGCGUGUGCUUCGCUUGGCACACGAGGAAGGGAUGAAAGCUGGGGGGCUAGCGGGGCUACUAUCUUGCGCUGGCCUGGUGGCAGCUAACAAGUUUUCCCCGUGGUUCCGCAAGUCAACUAGUGUUAGCGCCAAGACGGCCUUGGCGGUUUCUCCGUUUUUCCUCUUCUACCUGCUUCGAUCAGAAUUGGUGAUGCACGGGGCCAACCACGACCCUCACGCGUACGGCAUCGUCGACGACGUCGUGGGGGCUGAUGGAACCACCGGGAAGUCGAAGAUCUUGCAGCCUCGUGAGGAGCUCAACGCGGCCCAACAGUUGGCCAACUGGUGCUACGUCAACCCUUUCAAGAUGGUUGUUGGAAUGGGCGUUCCGGCGGUGGGAGGCAUCUUGUACUCGAUGCGCAACGAGGGCAACCUCAAGCUCAGCCAGAAGCUCAUCCACACCCGGGUCUACGGCCAGAUGACCGUGGUUUCGAUAGCGGUGGCAAUGAUGGUGUUCCAAGAGACCAUGAGGCGUAGAGGGGGACUGUUCACCGUUCCGGGGGCGGAAGAGGAAGAGGAAGAAGAGGAAGUGGAGGGAGCGAUCGUCUCAAGGUCGAAGUAGUUGAACCUCAUAAAUCGAGGCACACUGCCUUGCCGUCGUCGCUGCUUUGUAUUGUACACCCGGUCGCCCCGGUGGUCUAGUUGGUAUCCUCGAAACCUUCUAGAGGUCAGGUCAGGGGUUCGAAUCCCGGCGUAAGCGAGCUUUUCUUGCAAAGUGGGUUUUUCUCUCGCUUCCGCUCCUGGCCCAGUGGAUAGCGCUAGUUCGUGUGUACACAGAGGGAAGAGAGUGCUGAACUCUUCUCGCGUUAAAAAUCGAAGGCAAAGUACCGCACGAGGGGAGAGUAGAGAGGGGCUCUUCUGUGUGACCACGGGUUGGGGUAAACGGCACCAGUGCUGUGAGCGCUGAUUUGAAGUGAAGACAAAAAAAAAAAGUGCAUAGCUGCCAAGAGAGGCAGCUCUGGAGGAGGUGGUUGGCCUCUUGACUUCAAAGAGACCUUGAGUUUUUUUUGGGUCGCCGGGGGGCGGGCGACGUUUUGUCCUUGUUGACUGGGUGGGGUGUAUGUUUGCGUGCAUGUGUGAUUUUUUCUUUUGUCAUGAACACUUGUGUGCGAUGUUCAAUUGUGGGCGUUGUAGAGUGUAGACAGCGUACACCACCUGUGUGCCCGAUUGCGUGAGGCUCGUGAACAGCUAGCUGCCCGGGCGGUGCGAUCGAGCCCCCUCUCCUGGGUGUAGCUGGCUGCCUGCUCUCUUCACGUGCCCUAGAGAGAAAACGUCCACCUCGAAGCCCACACGUUGUCCUCGCUUUUGUUUGUAGACGUUAGGGUGCGUGGCCUUUCAUGGGGGUAUGCAUACGUGCAAGUGUGUUUAUUUUCGAGACGCAAUCUGAGAUCCAUGACAGCAACGCCUGCGCUCCCGUCCAGGGACUAAAAGAACAACGACGAAAUUUUUGCGUGCGUGUUUUCAAGUCAGGUGAAUGGAUGUUUAGUGCGGCCUAACCGCGCGCGCUCUCCCCCCCCCUCGAUCUCUGUUGGCUUAAUUUAGAUGGGUGGUUCCGGUGGUUUGAUCGCAAGGUCACCGCCUCAAAGAGAAGAAAAGAGAUCAUGAGUGUUCAACAGCAUGACGCGUUGUUGGAUUGAGUAGGCGUAGCAAGGAUGUUCUUGACGGCUUUUUGCCUUGUUUUUGUUUCAUAAACAAGCCAGCGGCGUGUACUGUCGAAUUUGUGUGUGUUGAUACAGUCGACCCCGCUCUAAGGACGCUCGCGUUAAGGAAACUCCCUCAAAGGCAACUUCUUUGCUCAGCAACAGGGGCCCGUCCGAAUGUACGAUAGUGGGGUACCCCCAUUUUUACUGCCGCGUACCUCUUUUUUUGUGUCGUGCUGGCGGGCCUUCGGGCCGCUCUUUUGCACGAACCACGCACCCAUAGUGAGUGCAGAAGUAGCGACGC